CGCCGUGACGUCAAACAAGUGUACAAAAAAAGCGCCGGACUCGAGCCGCGCAGGCUCUCCGCGCUCAAAGACCCUGUUGUAACUUUCUGGGGCAACUUUUAAAACUCACAAUGACCGAAAUUUCAGAGGAAGAAAUCCAGGCGUCCAACGGUGACGACAAACUAGCCAACGGACCGUCCCACAGUCGUAAUGGCGGCGGCUCCCCGGAGCCUCUGUCCCGGCGCGUCAAGCGUAUAGUGGAAGCUAAUUUGCUUGUGAUCCUCACCGUAGUCGGAGUUAUCAUCGGCGUCUUCAUCGGCCUCGGCGUGCGUAGCGUGACGCUCACCCGCACUCAGGUCAUCUACAUCGGCUUCCCCGGCGAGCUGCUCAUCCGCCUGCUGAAGAUGAUCAUCAUCCCGCUGGUGGUGUGCAGUUUAGUGUCCGGAGCGGCUAGCAUCGACCCCAAAGCACUGGGCAGGUUAGGCGGCUGGGCGAUGCUCUUCUUCCUGCUCACCACCUUGAUAGCCUCGGCCAUUGGAGUAGUGAUGGCUUUCAUCAUCAACCCGGGCUCAGUUGCUAUGACCAAACCGACGGUGGCCGACUUGGACGACGGCGUGCCGGAAUCCAAAGAGAUCAUCGACUCCUUUUUGGAUUUGAUCAGAAACAUCUUCCCUUCCAACCUGGUGUCUGCUGCCUUCCAGUCAUACGCAACCAGCUACAAGGUGGUGAACGCAACUGACAAAAUGCAACGCCUCAACAUCUCCACAGAGAAGCUUCCCAUUGCAACAGACCAGGAUGGUAUGAAUAUUCUGGGUCUGGUGGUGUUCGCCAUCGUGUUUGGCGUGGCUUUGCGGAAACUGGGGCAGGAAGGCGAGAUCUUGAUUAAGUUCUUCAACUCCUUCAAUGAAGCCACCAUGGUGCUGGUCUCCUGGAUCAUGUGGUACGCCCCUCUCGGUAUCAUGUUCCUUGUAGCCGGCAAGAUUGUGGAGAUGGAUGACGUGGGCCUGCUGUUUGCCAGCCUGGGGAAAUACAUCGCCUGCUGCAUUGUGGGACACGCCAUUCACGGCAUGCUCGUCCUGCCCGCGAUCUACUUUGUCAUCACCAGGAAGAACCCCUACACCUUCCUGUGGGGGAUAUUCACAGCUCUGGCCACAGCUUUUGGAACAGCCUCCAGCUCUGCCACUCUGCCCCUGAUGAUGAAGUGCGUGGAGGAAAACAACGGCGUCUCUAAACAAAUCAGCCGCUUCAUCCUCCCCAUCGGCGCCACCGUCAACAUGGACGGCGCCGCUCUCUUUCAGUGCGUGGCGGCCGUUUUCAUCGCUCAGCUCAACGACGUUUCCCUCGACUUCAUCCAGAUCAUUACCAUCCUCGUGACCGCCACAGCGUCAAGCGUCGGAGCUGCCGGCAUUCCCGCCGGCGGGGUGCUGACCCUCGCUAUCAUCCUGGAGGCAAUCGGGCUGCCCACCAAUGACCUCUCCCUCAUCUUGGCUGUCGAUUGGCUUGUCGACCGCACGUGCACGGUGCUCAACGUGGAGGGCGACGCCUUCGGAGCCGGGCUCCUUCAGUUCUUCGUAGACCGCACGUCCAAACGGGAAGGAGAGGAACUGAUGGAAGUCAAACCGCAUGCCGACACCGCCGCCGAGCACUCGCCGCUCAUGCGGAAACCAGGUGGGGUGGGAGACGCAGCGAGCAACAACGCCAACGAGUUGCACCGGGAAAAAGAAUCUGUCAUGUAAAAUGUAAAGCCAUGUGACCUGGUCCUGGAAGCUGAUGGACUACUUUCUAAGCAGCGGUAUUGUUAAGUCAGCAGUAAUUAUACAAUCGGGACGUGAAGGACUACUGUAGUGGAAUAACGUAAUUUAUUGAUGGUAAGAGACAAGUUGGACCUCUGGUAUUAAUUGGCCACGGUUGAAAAUGCUUUAUUUGGUGUAUGUUGUGGUGUGAACUGGUCCAUGUCACUUUAGUACGCAUGCGAGGAAAACAAACAUUGAUAUUCUUCCACCAAAUGGACCUAUCCAGCGAUACACCAAAGCCAUUCUGCCUCUUUCAAAAAUAAUCGGACCUCGGUGCUGUUACUGCUUUACGUCAGGCUCUGCUGACUUGAAGUGAAGACUGUUGAUUCCCUCCUAAAGACCAAAAAGAAUCCCUUUUUAUUUAUUUAGUUUUCCAGACCUCGUUUUUUGUUUUGUUUUUGUACUUUAGCAUCUUAGCAGAGCACAGAGAUGAGUUUUGAAAGCACAACAAGGUAUCAACGUGUGGACGUUAGAAUGACAUUUUGAAUGAAUGGCUCCCCCUGGUGGCGAAUGAAAGUAUGGAAAUAACUUCAUUGACCUCAAAGGUUAAACGUGUAUGUUACGUCUAAGUCAAACAUCCGAAGAUAUUUUUUUCCCUGUAAGAUUUCCAAAGUGGUUAUUUUGCGGGGCCAUCCUUGAACAUCUCAUUCAAUUACUCUACAAACAGAUUUGAUUUUUUUUUCCAUGCUUUCUUUUGUGUGUUCAAGGUACUUCCGCUUGGGUGCAGGGAUUUUGUCUUUUACAUUUUUUUAGCAGGUGAAUGUCACUCUUCAUGUUCGUUUUGUCAUCUAUUGUUGUGGUUUGUCUAGGUUAAAAUCACAUUGACGACAUGAUGAGCCAAGUGACACCUCCAUACGUCCGAUACUACAAACUUGUUGGUACAAGGUCCUUUUCAUUGCUGGGUUUCCGUUAAGUUGAACUGUUUUAUUUGAUGUGACUAUGCACAUGAAAGUAUGCCUUUUGGGAUCUCAACAAUAAAUUUUUUUAUGAUUUAA